AUGGAGGACGCGGAUGCGCCGUCUGCCUCAACACCCGGCAGGCAGUCCUUGAGCAAGGCACGCAGCUUCUCUGAUCCUCUUGCUGCCUCGCCUUCCUUUCGAGAACGAUCUGAGGUCAGAGAACACAAUGCUUCUCCUCCGAGCACACCGCGGGCUCAGCACUCACAUCGACGACCCGAACUGCUCUCUCGCGGGUUAACGUUGCAGCUGCCUGCUCCCAGGGUCACGGAGACAUCCAUACUGCCCUCCUCCGCGCCGCUAUCACCCAAGCAGACUGAGCCGCACUCGUUGGCGCACCCACCGGGCUUGCUUCCCCAUUCGCCCGCUACGAGCCUACCGCGACAUUCGCGCGGACUGGACUUCUCAAGAGCUAGCACCAAUCUGCAUCACUCGACCCUGCCCGAGUUCAACAGCCCGUGUUCGUCACCGAUCAUCACGCAAAAGGGAGUGCCUAUCCCGAGUCGCAAGCUUUCUAUGAGCAACAUGGUGCUGGACGGGCCGAGCGCUCAGGUAUCGAGUGGUCUGCCCUGGAAUGUGGGCCCGUACGAGAGAGGAGCCAUGGGAAGUUCGGUUGGUAGCGUCAACAUGAUGAACUCGGAGAGCGAGAGUAGCAAUAGUGAUGAAGAUGCCAGUAUGGGCGGUGACGACCUCGAAGAUCCCAUGUUCGCAACGCCGCAGGUCCACAAGCUCCAGAAUCCCCACGCUGCACCCACACCUUUCAACAUACAAUCAACUCCCGGUGGAUCAGCAAACACGACCUGGGGCAGCGGAGCUCACUUCUCGCCCGCUCAAGCAUCACUUAUGAAGACAAUCAGACGCACGAGGCUUCACAAGACAGGACGCCGCAGUAGAAAGAGUUCAAGCAGCGCGAGUGGUAGUGGAUACAAUUCCAUGGCAAAUCAACGAAACCCUUCACCACCCCCGAUACGGAGCAUAGAGUCGGCGGGAAACUUCCCCUGGUCGUCGGCAGCGGCAAGAAGUCGCAGAGAGAGCUUGGCCAUGGGCACAGAUGCACUACAUCUGUCGAGCGGGAACGACAGUGGGGACGAGGCCGCACUCACUGCUCCUUCUACGCCGGGCGUCGUCAGACGGGCGGUAACGCGCCGGCAGAAUCUGCUCCCCAAAACAAAGGGAUUCGCGCGCAUUCGUGCCGCAUUGAUGGAGGAAGCGGCACCUGUUGACAGCGAAGUUCGUAGGGAGGCUGAAACUAUUCGACAGGUGCGAGAACGAGACGGUAGUGCUGGCGAGCUUGAUCUUGAACGACCGCAAAGCUCCACUGCCCAAUCUUCGCCAAACCUUCUCCCUGCGGUCCCAGAGUCUGCACAGGAAGACUUUGGCAGAGAACUGGAUGACAUGACGCCAUCUCAGAGAAGCACGGGCGCGGCAACCUUCGCUGCACAUGCUAGUCGCAAUAGUGGUGGACUAGACUACUGGAACAGGUUCGAUCCGUCUGUGCGUACUCCGCCCCCCAACACAACUCCCGCAAUAUCGCGGCAAAGCAGUUUUGUCAUGUCCGACGCUGUUUUGGACUCUCCCAUGGGCGACUUCACUCAAUGGCGACGUCCUCGCGCGCGGUCGUCAGCUUCAGAUGCUUCCGAGGCAUUCGGGCCGAGUGCGAACAGCAGCAUACCGGCAGGUGUAAGCGAUGACAUGCAUCUCAAGAAGUUCAAGAGACSACGUGAAGACGAUUUCGACAUCGCGACUAUCAAACGGCGGGCUGUAAGCMCAGGUCUGAGUGCACAAAACAGCCCAGUGCUUACGAGCCACUCGCCGAGCCAGCGGGACACGGGUGGAUCGUGGGGAUUACCGCCAGACCGCCGGACUCGGGGCGAUACGCCCUCCUUGAGUAGCGAUCCCUCCAUGUCGAGCAUCCAGACUCAGGCACAGCCGCAGCGAGGUAAUGGCAGCAUGAGCUUGGCGUCUGGCAGCUCCUCGGGAAACUUGGUGAGCCAGGGAAAGAAGCUGGGCCUGCAGCCAAUGGCUGAUACGAAUGACGGCUUGAUGAAGAUGAGCAUUGAAUGA